AUGUCGAAACUAUUCAUCGGAGGACUUGCUUGGCACACUGAGGAUGCUACUCUGAGACAGAAGUUUGAAGAGUACGGUCCCAUUGAAGAAGCGGGUCUAAUGGAGAGCAGAUUCGACGGGCGGACUAUCCGAGUUGACAAAGCCUCCGACACGGGACCGAGGGGCGGCGCUGCGUUCGGCGGCCGAGGCGGAUCGCCUUUCCCGGGAGCCGCUUAUGGCGCGUCUCCAAUGGCCUACGGCGCCCAGCCCGCCGCUGGAUACGGGAUGCCGGGCCAGCAGAUGUAUGCUCCUGCUUAUGGCCGAGGGGGCUACCCACCGCAGCCUUCUUACGGCACACCGCCACCGCAGGGAUACCAAAUGCAGCCCCCUUACGGCUACCCGGACCAGCAGCAACAAGGGCCUCCUCGAUACUGA